AUGGUCUGGCGGGAGGUCUUCGUUCCUUUUAGCCGUGGUGUCCCAGCCCGUGCCUUCCAUGGAGCUGCUAUUAUACCGCUUUGCCAGACUACACAAAUCUCUUUGGGAGGUAAUCCACCAGGCCUAGGGCGCGAUGCGUGUGAGGCGCACGAUUAUAGCAAACCUGGUCCGGAUUCAGCUCAUUCUUCAUCUCUUCCUAUUUUUUGUAGCAGUGGUCAAGCGAUUCGCUCAGGACAUCAGACAUAUUCAGGUAAUGAUGCGCUUUUACUAAUUGGUGGUGAAAACGUAGAAGGUGUUUCUGAGCCUUCUGUUUGGGUUAUGAUCUUACACGACUACACGUGGCAGAGGAUCACCUUUCCGUUUCAAAAUGAAUUAUUUAGUUUCCAUGUAGUCGAUUCUCUUCCAUCAUCUUGCUCUAGUUCUGUUUCCUCUCAGGAAGCAAAAGCGUUCACUGAAACAACGUCAGGCACCUUUCUGAGCCCUCAGCGGUUGCGUCAGACAGUCCUAACACUACAUGAGCGAAGUCUACGCCACAAUGCGCGUCGUUCUUCUUCAAAAGCCUCAACAUUCCCAGGUUUAGGUGUUGAAGACAGGGAGCCCUUCGUAUACUCGACCUGCCACGGUUCACUUUUCCAGUUGCUGUCUUUUCCUACGGAAAACUGCGGGGUGAUGAUCUUUGGAGGUACUCAAAGCCCACCUAUUAUGUUAGCUACAAACAUUGUCGUUCCUACUGGCAGCCUUAAGGAGCGCACCGCUUUUUGGCUAUUCUGUGACAAUACUGAUAGUACUUAUAUUAAAAGUAUUCUAAAUCGAAUGUCGCAUCUGGUCCAAACCAUGUUUGCUGGAACACCGUUUUUAAAUUUCUUGCGUUUUCCUGAAAAGGAUAAUAAUAGGGAUCGUUUCCGCUGUCAAUCAUCUUCAGAAGCUUCCCCUCCUGCUCGUUUUGUAGAAGAAGCCGAUCAGUUAGCUAAUGAAGUUCUCUUAUCAGACACACUGUCUAUGUGGGUUCGAGCAGCGCGAAAACGUUUGAUGGCAAGUAGUUCUUUUUCUAACUGA